UUUAAGAGUUGCGGUUGCGGAGUGAGGUAUAGAGGUAUAGAGGUAUAGAGAGGAUUGGGGUUAGGGUUUGAUAGUUUUGAUCCAUUUUCCGGACGCAAUGGCUGGCACCGGCAUCCACCCAUACCACCAGCAAUGGCCUCCGGCAGCCGCGGCGCCUCCUCCUCCGCCUCCACCCGCCGCCGCUCCUCCUCCCCACGCCGGCGAAGAGGUUCGAACCAUAUUCAUAACUGGCCUCCCCGAAGACGUGAAAGAGAGAGAACUGCAGAAUCUGCUGAGAUGGUUGCCAGGUUUCGAAGCUUCUCAGCUGAAUUUCAAAGCCGAAAAGCCAAUGGGUUUCGCUCUCUUCACCGCUCCACACCAAGCUCUCGCCGCCAAAGACAUUCUUCAGGACAUGCUCUUCGAUCCCGACACCAAGUCCGUUCUUCACACCGAGAUGGCCAAGAAGAAUCUCUUCGUCAAACGAGGAAUAGGAGCUGAUGCGGGUGCUUUUGAUCAAAGUAAACGCUUGAGGACAGCCGGGGAUUAUACACACACUGCUUAUACAACUCCAUCUCCUUUUCAUCCUCCCCCGCCACCUGUCUGGGGACCACAUGGAUACAUGGCUCCACCUCCUCCUCCUCCGUAUGAUCCAUAUGCAGGCUAUCCUGUUGCACCUGUACCAAUGCCUACUCCUGCUCCCAUAGCAGCACCCAGCAGUUAUGUUCCAGUUCAGGUGAGUGUGACCGAAAGUAUGAACAGUGCUUUAGUUUCACUUGAUCUUCCUAUCAAUGAUUAUAUCAUUACUCGUUGUGUUGUAAUGUUCACCUUGUAUUUUAAAAGGGAAGGACAAAUUUUUAAAUGCUCUGUUAUCGUAGUCUGCAAUGCUUGCUUAAAGAAAAUCUCUUUUGGUCAGAAAGGAUCGUAACUCUGCUCUUGAUGA